CAAAUUUAAAUUGAAACUUGUAAUUGAGUCACAACGCGUGUAUAAAAACACGACCUCAAUACAACAAAACAGCACAACACAUACACACAUUGCAGUGUCAUCUUUCCCUAUUGUGUUGGAAUACAAUGGCGAGCUUGAAGGUAGCAUGCAUGAUUGUGAUGUGCAUGGGUAUGGUGGGUGCACCGAUGAUGGUGCAUGGCAUUUCAUGCAGCGAAGUGACAACAUACAUGGCACCGUGUCUAUCAUACCUGAGGAAUGGUGGAGAGGUUCCAGAUUCGUGCUGUGGAGGAGUUAGGAGCAUUCUGGGAGCAGCUGGAACAACCUCUGAAAAACAAACCGUCUGCAACUGUCUUAAGGAAGCUGCUAAUAACUUCGGCAUCAAUGACGAUUACGCUCAGGCGCUCCCUACUUUCUGCGGCGUCACCGUUUCUUACAAGAUCAGCCGCUCCACCAACUGCCAAAACAUCAGGUUCUGAAAGGAUUUCUUCGCUUCUCUUAUUUCUGCCAUGGGAUCUAUAGCCAGGAGGCAUCACUGUAACCCUUAUUAUGAAAAUAAGAGAACAUGUGUGUGUGUGUGAUUGUCGAGCCUGGUCUUGUAUUACUUUGUGUUUCAUGAGACUUUGUAGUCUGUCCUUUUCUUGGGUGUGAUGGAUGUUGUUCUUUUUAAUCAGCAAUAAGAAUUGAAAAAACAAAAACCUACUUGUAAAAAUCUUUCUUA